UUUCUAGGAGACGGCGCUCAGGGGCGGCGUGUGCGUAGUCGACGCCGCCGGGAGGUUGGCUGACGCUGGCGGGUAGGGGGAGUUCCUGUGGUGGUUGUCACUGCCCGGUGUCUUUCCCGAUGCUGCGCUCCUGAGGCCGGCUGCGGACGGGCGGGCGUCUCCCCGGGAUGGAGCACAUCCGCACCACCAAGGUUGAACAAGUAAAAUUACUUGACCGAUUUAGUACCAGCAACAAGUCACUGACAGGAACACUAUAUCUUACAGCCACACAUCUGUUGUUUAUUGACCCUCAUCAAAAGGAAACCUGGAUAUUGCACCACCAUAUUGCCUCAGUAGAGAAACUUGCCCUGACUACUUCUGGAUGCCCGCUUGUGAUUCAGUGCAAGAACUUCAGGAUUGUGCAUUUCAUUGUUCCCAGGGAGCGAGAUUGCCAUGAUAUCUACAACUCUCUGCUGCAGCUGUCAAAACAAGCAAGAUUUGAAGAUCUCUAUGCAUUUUCUUAUAAUCCCAAACAAAACGAUUCUGAACGACUAAAUGGGUGGCAGCUCAUCAACCUUGCUGAGGAGUAUGAGAGAAUGGGAGUGCCAAAUUCAAACUGGCAGCUGUCAGAUGCCAACCGGGAAUACAAGAUUUGUGAAACUUACCCCAGAGAACUUUAUGUUCCCCGGAUAGCAAGCAAACCGAUCAUUGUUGGCAGCUCCAAGUUUCGGAGCAAGGGAAGGUUCCCAGUUCUCUCCUAUUAUCACCAGGAUAAGGAGGCAGCCAUUUGUCGAUGUAGUCAGCCACUGUCGGGCUUCAGUGCCAGGUGCCUAGAGGAUGAACAUUUGCUUCAAGCCAUUAGUAAAGCCAACCCAGCUAACCGCUACAUGUAUGUUGUGGAUACCAGGCCCAAGCAUCGCAUGCAGAGCUGGUGGGAUACACCAAAGGACAUUGGCAGAAUUAUAGUGAGGAUUUCUUCAAAAAUCUGGAAUGAUGAGAAAAUAAGAGAAAGCGAUGAGAAAAAGCGACUGAAUGCAAUGGCUAACAGAGCAGCUGGAAAAGGUUAUGAAAAUGAAGACAACUAUUCUAAUAUUAGAUUUCAGUUUGUUGGAAUAGAAAAUAUUCAUGUCAUGAGGUCCAGCCUUCAGAAAUUACUGGAAGUGAAUGGUACCAAGGGACUUUCUGUCAACGAUUUCUACUCUGGUUUGGAGAGCUCAGGAUGGCUUCGUCAUAUCAAGGCUGUUUUGGAUGCUGCAAUCUUCUUAGCCAAGGCCAUAAUGGUUGAAAAUGCAAGUGUGCUGGUACACUGUUCUGAUGGGUGGGAUAGGACGUCCCAGGUUUGUUCCCUUGGUUCGCUUUUAUUGGAUUCCUACUACAGGACAAUUAAAGGAUUCAUGGUUUUAAUAGAAAAAGAUUGGAUAUCAUUUGGACAUAAAUUUUCAGAGAGGUGUGGCCAUUUGGAUGGUGACCCAAAGGAAGUCUCACCAGUGUUUACUCAGUUCUUGGAAUGUGUGUGGCAUUUGAGUGAACAGUUCCCACAAGCCUUUGAGUUCAAUGAAGCAUUUCUUCUUCAGAUCCAUGAGCACAUUCAUUCAUGUCAGUUUGGGAACUUUAUUGGAAACUGUCAGAAGGAAAGAGAGGAACUCAAGUUGAAGGAGAAGACUUAUUCCCUGUGGCCAUUUCUUUUGGAUGACAGAAAGAAGUACUUAAAUCCUCUCUACAACUCCAAAUCUCAGAGAUUUACAGUUUUAGAGCCAAAUACAAUCUCUUUCAAUUUUAAGUUUUGGAGAAACAUGUACCACCAGUUUGAUCGAACACUGCAUCCUAGGCAGUCUGUUUUGAAUAUAAUUAUGAAUAUGGAUGAGCAAAAUAAACAGCUAGAGGAAGAUAUUAAAGACCUAGAGUCAAAAAUUAAGCAAUGCAAAAAUGGCAUCCUUGCAAAGGAAUUGCUGCAUGCAGUUCACCCUGAAUCACCCACUCUCAAAACCUCCCUGUGUCUGAAAGAGCAGACUCUGCUUCCCAUGAACGACGCGCUUCGAACUAUAGAGGGCAGCAACCCAGCAGACAACCGGUACUGUGACUAUGCUGAGGAGUUCUCCAAGUCGGAGCCUGCUGUGGUCAGCUUGGAGUAUGGUGUGGCGAGAAUGACUUGUUAGACUCCUUCAGUAUUUUCUGGACUGACUGUAGUACAAGAAAUGGGAAAUUGUGAGAAUGGUCUAUGCACCUGGCCAAAGGGAUUUGUCUACUGACCUUGGGGCUUAGGAUUAGAUGAAUACUUGAGAAAAGGAUAACUGCUCUAGUUAGAGGAAUAUCAGCUUAAUUGCUUUUCUAGCAAGGAAUGAUACUCAGUUCUGUAAGAAAUGAGUGGAAUUGGGUGGAUUUACUCAAAACAAUUUACAUAGUACACCAGUGAACUGAUGUUUCUGUUUGUUAAGUACAGCCAAGCACGAAUUUAACUUGGAGAAAACAAAACCUAGCAAAGUGAAACCUUAAUAAUUGACAGGGCAUGUACUUUCAAUUGUGUAAGUGUGCAAAUGAACAUUUACCUUUGAAGUGCCAUGAGAAAUACUUCUAAGACAGCCUUAACAUCUAUUUAUUCUUCAUCUUACAUUUUACAGUCUAGGACAAGAUGUUUGCUUUCUCCCUUGGUCAACCUUAUUUGUGCGUAAAGAAUUACUCUCUUACUUCUUCAGGGGUCACACACUGCAGUAUAGAAGGUUGCAGAAGUACUGUGUUUAUUUCCUAGUAAGCCACCCCCUCUUCUGUAUUCUAAGUUAAUGCAACUGAAGGUUUUGUUCUGGUUGUCUUUUGCUUACUGUAGCAGCUAAUUAUUAUUCACAGCAUAGAGGACUGAUUUCUUAGGUAUGUGUAGGGACAUUUGACUUCUACAGUUUACUACAUUCUAUUCUUAUUUUGUGGUUGAUUCUAAUCCUCUGAUAACUAUGUAAGCUUAAAGAGUUAAAGCUCUAAACUGUUUUGAGUAGUAAAUACAUAUAUUUUUAAACUGCCUUAUCUCUUAACAGUUUGCUAUUUCUGGAAUAUUGAACUUUGGUGUACCUAGAUACUUUUGAGUAAAUAAAAAGGGAAGUACUGAUAGUUGAGAUUUUGCUUGGUUACGUGAAUUUUAAAACAAUCAUUUUUAUGUGGAGCAUUUUUUCCCUUGUCUGUAAAUAUCGAAGGAAGGAAAAGGAAAACUAAUGGGAGCCUAGUUAGUGUUUAACAAAGCAGCUUGAACUGCAGGAAGGGUUUUAUUUUGCCUUGUCAUCCUCAUUGUUUACUUUGUGCACUAGGACAUAUCUUUAGAUUAACCAACAAAAACCAACUGCAAUUGGCAGUAUGACCAGCUGGCUUUAAAACAGAAAGUUUAAGUACCAUGGGCGGCCUGAGGUGCAACUUUAGGGUACUAAGAAAUUUGCAGAGGAUCCCUUAUAAAUCUCUUUUGUUUACCUAUAUAUCUACUAUAUUAAUUUUGAAUGUAUCCAUCUUUUCCAAAUGAAAGAAAACUUUAUUAUACGUGAUUUUAUCUAAUCCUAUUUAUUUUUCCAGUUUGCUUCUGUAAUACCUUAUGUAUUAAGAAAAGCAUUGCAUUUGAAAUAGUGACCGAAAUGUACUAUAAAUACAACAUAUGAAUAACCACGUUUAGACAUUGGAAAAGGAAACCUAAUCUCUGUGUCCACAAUGGGGAACUUGCCUUGGUUCCAAUCAGGUUGUGGUUUUAGAAUCGUCCAUGGUUCAUCUUUUUUGGUUUAUUAUGCUGAUCUUUAACUGCUGAUGUGUAAAUAUAUGUUUACAUGCCCACACAGAUAACAUCCAGAGUGACCUACAGGGCAUAUGUUGGCAAAAAUCUGGGUAUGUGUCUUAUAAAAUUGGAUUUAUGUUCAUUGUGCUUUGGAAUGUACAGCAUGUAAAUUAUUUCACAUAUUAUUUAAAGGCAAUUAAAUGUUCAUGUUUCACUUUGAA